UCAUUUCCAAGAAUUCUGCAAACUCUUCAGUCAAAUCUAAGCAUACGAGACGAUUUCAUAACAACGAGAAGGACUGAAGAGAAACGAUUUACCAUUAAUUCGGGGCGUAGCCGUGGUUUAUCGUAUCCAUUUUAAAGGUUUUAGUUAAUUUAACGACGUUAAUGAAGUUUAAAAACAAGAAUGAAACCCAUCAUCACAGUACACCGAGGUGAGCUUCUCCAGAUCAAGAGGAUGAUCGAGAAUGGGGAUCUAAGAGGAGAUAUGUAUGGUCUACGAACCGAAUCUCGACAACCAGUCAUACAGUUUGUGUGUGGCGAAAAUAAUAAAAGCAACAAUACAACAGAAAGAGAGUCAACGUGCCAGGAUAUGCUAAAGAAUAGACAUGGACUGCUGAAACUUGGAGAGUGGGUUGUUUCCAAGAGAAAUGUCUCUCGUAAGGAUGUUGUUUUGUUCUUUAAUAAAGAAGGGGAGCUAAUCUUUGCAGAAGACCGUGGACAAGAGUGCACCAUUGAUAUUCUGAAAGGGCAGAGUGCAUUUCGAUUAUAUGAACCAUUGACGAAGGUUCUACCUGAUCUGUCAGUUCCGAUACCUACAGAGGAAUAUGACAAAGAAAACGAGAACAAAGAAGCUGAAGUGACAAAGGAGCAAUGGUACUCUGAACCUGAUGGAGUCAAGCUGUUGCAGGGAAUUUACGCAACCUUUCCACAAAAAGGCCUCACGAUCCUAAACAUGAGUCGAGACAAAGCCACGGAGGAUAUAAGUCUUUCUCUUACAGUAGAUAGCAUGCCUAUCGCAGUGUAUUUUCCAGCCUCCUUUCCUUAUGAAAAUCCAAAAGCGCGCGUUGAUGAUGAGAACGACUGGUCAGAGGUGGAUCUUCAAUAUGAGGAAGGGAUGCCGCCUGAGGAAGCUGUGCCUCUGUUAUGUGCUCUUUUGCUUAACUUGGUCAGCGAUGAAGAAAAUAAAAGGCAACUGCGAAAACAGGAGAGAAAAAAUAACAAACAAAACCAAAAGUUAAAAGCAGAAAAGAUUCCAAAACGGGGUGGUCUACACUCAGAACAAAACCAAACCCCAUCAAUGAGUGAUGCCCAACGUAACCAAGAUGAGCCAUCCACAGGACAAAAACAACCCCAAUUAAAAGGUGAUCAUGAGCAACGUAACGAAGAUGAGCCAUCNACAGGACAAAAACAACCCCAAUUAACGGGUGAACAUGAGCAACGUAACCAAGAUGAGCCAUCCACAGGACAAAAACAACCCCAAUUAAAAGGUGAACAUGAGCAACGUAACCAAGAUGAGCCAUCCACAGAACAAAAACAACCCCAAUUAACGGGUGAACAUGAGCAACGCAGCGAAGAUGAGCCAUCAGAACAAGAACAUCCUUCACCAACGUUUGAACAUGACCAACAACACCAAAAUCAGCCAUUCCCGGGACAAGAACAAGUCACAACACCCAGGAACAAAACAGACGAAGUAACUGAACAAACUCCAGACGAAAACAUGGAUAUCGACCUUAAUCUAGAAAAGCAGCAAAAAAUCGAUGAGGACAUGGAAAUAGAUGAUGAGGAUCAGCAAAACAUAUCCACAAAGUUUUAAUACAGAGUUAAUUCCAUGAUCUUAUGAGAUCUCUAAAAAGAAUGCUAAUUAGAUAAAAUCAUUUUAAAAACAUUUCUCCAGGUUACUUUUUCAAAGAAUGAAAUCGGGUAAAAAUGAAUUACCUAGUAGAACAAAAUUGCAUGAAUGAAAAUCGAUAUUAGUGCAGUAAAAUGGAUUAACUGUCCAUAUGUAUAAAAGUGUUCGUUCAAUAACUUUGAUUAGAGUUAUCCACACAACAGACCAUUCAGUAGGCUUUAAAAUUUAUCAAUACUUACAAUAGUCAUGUCUUUAUUAUUAUAAUCCUUUAGUGGCAUGUCAAUUUUACAAACUUUGAUUUAUAUCGUUAUCAUCAUUAUAAAUCGCUGUGGACAAUAUAUCCUAUUAAUCUGUUUUAAUACAGAUAUUUAUGCUUUCAACCAUUUAGUGUCAAAAUAAAAGUUAUCUUGAUUUAGAUAAAAGGCUCAAGGAAACAUAUUAUUAUGUUACAAGGUUAAAAUGUUACACCGUACUAACAUGACUAUAACCAUAAAACAUGUGUCUGAUAGUUGUACUCAACUUAGAAUAUCAUUUAUUCGAUCAUUAAAUCUAGAAACACUACUAAAGUA